AUGAAGGGAAUUGCUCUUCUUUCACUUCUCAGCGUCGGUACGCUGGCUCAUCCAGCCGGUCUUUGGUGGGGUACCGAUGUCUGUUAUACUAGUCCCGACAACACUGAUAAUCAGUGCUCAGAUGCUCAGGCAAAAGGCUUUGACUGGUCUGAGUUGGCUAACGGUGACAAUUGGAGCUUCGAGGGCUUCAACUUUGUCGGACUCGAGCCCAAGAACAACUGCCAUGGACCUGGUCGUCAGGGCAACUGCAUUGGCGGAGUGCUUUCUAGCGACGAUGACUGGAAAAUCAAGAUCUCCGCGGCUGAUGCUCCGUUCUCUAUCCGGAACUUCUACCUGUCUACUUCCCGGAACACGGAUGUCUUUAUCAUUUAUGAGAUGCCCGAUGGCUCCACCUGUCACCAUGUGGCCUCGAGCUCCUACAAGGGAACUGAUGUUGCCAACGAUCAGUGCGGUGGUGCAACCUCCGUCGAGUUCACCCUUCCCGAAGAGAACAAAUUCGGCGACUGUGAACUGGAGAUCUAUUCAAUUGACUUUGACUGCUCUACUGGAACGAAACCGCCAGCUCCCCCUAUGUCUGACCCACCCCACACUCACCACGAGCAUUCUCAUACAUCCGUUGUGUCGGAGAUUCAUUCGACUACUAGCGACCCCUAUACGCCAACUCACCCUGUGUCUGAUCCACCUCACACUCACCACGAGCAUAUCCCCACGGCAACUGUUCCCUUACCUCACACCCAUACAUCCGUGGUGUCGGAGAUUCAUUCGACUACUAGCCGCCCGCUAGUUGCCACGACGGUUUGGGUUACUGAGGAAAUCACCGUUACCAAAUGCGCACCCACCGUCACCAACUGCCCUGGUCACUCUACCGUGGUGGUCACCUCAACCAAGCCAAGCGAACCCCUGGUCACUGCCCCAUGCCCCGAUGUGGUCCCCAAGUGCCUGAACACCUGGCUAGAUAUCCCCAAAUGCGACUCCAACAGCGAUGCCGCAUGCUUCUGUCCCUCAUCGCAGUUCACAGACAAAGUCAGCUCCUGCAUCCGGGCCUGGAGCAGCAACAAAGAGCAACAAGAUUCCGCCCUGGCGUACUUCGCCGGCAUUUGCGCCCCUUAUGUUCCGGCCAACCCUUCAAUCAUUACAAUUGUUCCCACCCCCACUCCUGAUCCUCGCACCACUGGAGUUAUUCGAACCGUGACCGUUGAUGUGCCCACCGCGCCCCAUUCGACCCCUUGCACCACCAUCACCUGGUCCUCCCACACAGCGACUGUCCCGCAGGUUGGAUUCAGCACCGUCACUUGCUCGUCCACCACCAGCGUGGGUUUGGUACUCGUCACCCCUACCAGCACUCGUUGUCCCUCUAGCCACAGUGUGCACAUCUCGUCCACGAAGAUGAGCACGCGCUGCAGCUCUCCCACUUCCUCUGUUGCUGCAGUCACUGUCCCCACGACGACUGCUACUAAGCCGACUCAUACGUGGACUCCUGUGGCGACGCCCACGGAGACUGUUAUUCACGCUAAUGCGGGUGCGAAGAUGCCUUUGUCCGGUUUCUGGGCCUUGGGUCUCACGCUACUUGCUAUUGUAUUCUAA